ACUAUAUUGCAGCCAGCUUCGGAGCACAUCGCCCCCUCUUCGCUCUGAGUUUCGACGAGUGUUGACCGCAUAGUGAUUCAGACCGAGAAGACAUGGCUGGAUAUUUGAAAGUCCUCAGCUCUCUUUCGAGGUCUGCUGGCGCUGCUUUCUCCAGAAAUCCCGCAGUGCUCGCGCCUGCUGCAAAUUGCCAGACUUUGCAACAAAGAAACUAUGCCGACAAACGCAUCAAAGUGGCCCAACCGGUGGUGGAGAUGGACGGUGAUGAGAUGACCAGGAUCAUCUGGGAGUUCAUUAAAGAAAAGCUCAUCUUGUCCAAUGUUGAUGUAGAACUGAAGUAUUAUGAUUUGGGUCUACCUUAUCGCGACCAGACUGAUGACCAGGUCACCAUCGACUCCGCCCUUGCAACUAAGAAGUACCAUGUGGCGGUCAAAUGUGCCACCAUCACACCUGACGAAGCCAGAGUAGAAGAGUUUAGCCUGAAAAAGAUGUGGAAGAGCCCCAAUGGAACAAUCAGGAACAUCCUGGGUGGCACUGUCUUCCGUGAGCCAAUCAUCUGCAAGAACAUUCCCAGGCUUGUUCCAGGCUGGACACAGCCCAUCACCAUCGGCAGACAUGCCUUUGGUGACCAGUACAGAGCAACAGACUUUGUUGUAGACCAGCCCGGCAAAUUCAGGAUUGUCUUCACACCUGCUGAUGGAAGUACGAGCAAGGAAUGGGAGGUCUAUGACUUUCCUGCUGGUGGAUGUGGAAUGGGCAUGUACAACACGGAUGAGUCUAUUACAGGCUUUGCACACAGCUGCUUCCAGUACGCCAUUGGGAAGAAGUGGCCGCUAUACAUGAGCACAAAAAACACCAUUCUUAAGGCCUAUGAUGGGCGAUUUAAAGACAUCUUCCAGGAUAUCUUUGAAAAACACUACAAGCCAGAGUUCGACAAACUGAAGAUCUGGUAUGAGCACAGGCUUAUUGAUGACAUGGUUGCCCAAGUGCUGAAGUCAUCUGGAGCCUUUGUGUGGGCUUGCAAGAACUAUGAUGGAGAUGUGCAGUCUGAUAUUCUUGCACAGGGCUUUGGUUCUCUGGGACUGAUGACAUCAGUUCUUGUGUGUCCCGAUGGCAAGACUAUUGAGGCUGAGGCAGCCCAUGGCACUGUGACCAGGCACUAUCGUGAGCACCAGAAGGGAAGGCCGACCAGCACAAACCCCAUCGCCAGCAUCUUUGCCUGGACUAGAGGCCUGGAGCACCGAGGCAAACUUGACGGCAACCCGGACCUUAUAAAGUUCUCUCAGACUCUGGAGAGGGUGUGUGUUGAGACAGUUGAGAGUGGUACUAUGACCAAGGAUCUUGCAGGCUGCAUCCACGGCUUGUCCAAUGUGAAGCUGAACGAGCACUACGUCAAUACCACAGACUUCCUCGACGCCAUCAAGACAAAUCUGGAUAAAGCCCUUGGCAAGUGAAGGACUUGAGAGAAGAUAGUUGGUCUGGAGAUGGCAAUGUCACUCCUGUUUUUGUACCUCAUUUUUAACUUAAAAGAUCAAUAAAUCCACUUGCGUUUUACCAGAAGGAAAACACUGUCUGUAGGAUAACGUAGUGUUCUCUUAGGAUAUUAAAUGGUUGCGUCGUCCUUCCACUUGAUGACCCCCCUCCUCAACAACCUGUUGUGUUAUGUGCAAGCUUUUAUUUUUGUAAUGUGUACUGUAUACUGUGUAAUGCCUUGAGCAAGACUGAAGCCUCUGUCAGACAUACUUGCCAAUAAAUCAGGUUUGACCCAU